UAGCUAAUAGCUAGUAUUCGUCUCUUCCCCGUCGCAGCGGCUCGUAGUUGCGACUCAGCCGUGUGGUUACAUAAGCCGUGUGGUUACAUAAGCCGUGUGGUUACGUAAGCCGUGUGGUUCGUGGCACAGGUGUGCACUGGGAUCGAAGAGCACUCAGACGGGCGGGUCGUUCAGCCGCACAAGCGCCGUCGAUCCGCGGCCAGAAUAAGUGACGGCGGCCGUCAGGCGUGGCACACGAGCCGUCGAUCCGUCAGCUUUCUCAGACCGAGCCCUUGUAACCGCGGGGCUCACUGCGCGCCGAUGGGGCGGGGAAGAAGAGGAGGCGGGGGCCGGCGGUCGUAUGGAUCCAGCGAGCACAGGGCGGGCGGCAGUGCAGCAGAGGAGGCGGAGUACCGGGGGAGGGGGAGAGGGCGGGAGCACGGGGCUGAAGAGAACCACGCAGAUUCAUCCGAGCGCCCAUCACAGCCAUCAGCGGACCCCAAGCCCUACAAGCCGCCCAUGGACCUCGCCAUGUGGGACUUUGGGCAGUGCGACAGCAAGCGGUGCACGGGGCGGAAGCUGCUGCGGCUGAGGCUCAUUCGAGAGAUGCGCGUGCAGCAACGCUUCGGGGGGGUCUGCCUCAGCCCAACCGGCCAAAGAGCUGUGUCAAGAGCGGACGCCCCCCUCCUAGCAGCCAAGGGCCUGGCCGUGGUGGACUGCUCCUGGGCGCGCCUCUCCGACGUCCCCUUUGCUGCCCUCAAGUGCGGCGCGCCCCGACUGCUGCCGUGGCUGGUGGCAGCCAACCCAGUAAACUACGGCAAGCCGUGCCAGCUGUCAUGCGUUGAGGCCAUGGCUGCUGCGCUCUACAUAUGUGGAGACAAGGAAACUGCCAGGGAGCUUCUCAGUCGCUUCAAGUGGGGCCACGCCUUCCUCUCCCUCAACAGUGAGCUGCUAGAGGCAUACGCAGCGUGUGCGGAUGGGGCGGAGGUGAUAGCGGCGCAGCACAGGUGGAUGGAGAGGGAGGCAGAGCUGGCAGACGCCAGGCAUGCCGGCACAGAUGAGCCCUCCCCAGGCGGUUCUGACAGCGACUCUGAGGGGUCCGACUCUGAUGGUGCGGCUCCCCUGUAUCGCAACCCGAACCACGGUGCUGAGUGGAGGAGAGGGGGGAGGGGAGGCGAGGACGAGGAGGAAGAGGAGGAGGACAAGGAGGAAGAGGAGGAGGAAGAGGAGGAUAAUGAUGAGGGGGAAGAGGAUGAAGAGGAGGAAGAGGAAGAAGAUAGUGAUGAAGGGGGGGAAGAUAAGGAGGGUGCGACAAAGCAAGUGCAAGGCAGCAACAAACAGGGACAGUUUGAGGGAGGGAGGGGCAUGGGAGGCAGGCGGAGAUGAGUGCAGUAAGAGCGUUCUGUCAAACAUAUAUUGUAUGUUUCUGUAGACUAUAUAGGGUUGUGCCUUAGGGAGUACAACUCAUUAGGUUAUAUUCCCUUGUAUGCCUUGUUCUAGACAUUCUUUCACUU